AACCACAAUGACCACAUUCACCCUUUCCAUUUUCCUUCUCUUAAUUUUUCUUUUUCGCUCCACCAAUGCGGCAGUUUUCACUAUUCUAAACAACUGUCCGUACACCGUUUGGGUAGGUGCCGUGCCUGGUGGCGGCCAACAACUUAACUCGGGUCAAACCUGGGCUUUAUCCGUCCCAUCUAGCACAGUAGGGCGUAUAUGGCCCCGUACCAAUUGCAACUUUGAUGGUUCUGGACGAGGCAAGUGUCAAACCGGUGAUUGUAAUGGUCUCCUACGAUGCCAAAACUAUGGUACACCACCCAACACAUUGGCCGAGUACGCUUUGAAUCAGUACAACAAUCUUGAUUUCUUUGAUAUGUCUCUUGCGGACGGAUUCAAUGUGCCAAUGGAAUUUAAGCCCAGUAGUUCUGGUGGGUGCACCCGUGGUAUCUUAUGUAAAUCGGAUAUUAAUGGCCAGUGUCCUAACGAGUUACGGGCUCCUGGUGGGUGCAAUAACCCUUGCGCCGUGUUCAAAACUAAUGAAUAUUGUUGCGUCUCAGGAGGAAAUUGUUCGCCAACCGACUUUUCAAGGUUUUUUAAGACAAGGUGUCCUGAUGCAUAUAGUUAUCCUAAGGAUGAUCAAACUAGCACAUUUACAUGUCCCGGUGGAACCAACUAUAGUGUUGUAUUAUGCCCUUGAAGCCAUAGGGUUGUUUUUAAAAAGACACUAAUAAAAAAAGAUUAAACAUACAGAAGAAAGAGUGUUAGUCAGUGGUCACCUAAGGGUAUGUUUGGCAAAAUUAGCUGGUGGUUGGUGGUUGGAAGCUGGUAGCUGGUGGUUGGUGGCUGGAAGAUGGUAGCUGUAACUGAUAGCUAGUAGUUGUAGCUUUUUAGAUAUAUUUGGUGUUUGGCAGAGUAGCUGAAGCUUUUAAUAAAAUGCAUAAAAUGACCAAAAUGGACAUAACUAAAAAUUUAAA